UGUGUUCACGUGUGUGUGUGUGUUCAUGUGUGUGUUUGUGUUCAUGUGUGUGUGUGUGUGUGUGUUCAUGUGUGUGUGUGUGUGUGUGUUCAUGUGUGUGUGUGUGUGUGUUCAUGUGUGUGUGUGUGUGUGUUCAUGUGUGUGUGUGUGUGUGUGUGUGUGUGUUCAUGUGUGUGUGUGUGUGUGUGUGUGUGUGUGUGUGUGUGUGUGUGUGUGUGUGUGUUCAUGUGUGUGUGUGUGUGUGUGUGUGUGUUCAUGUGUGUGUGUGUGUGUGUGUGUGUGUGUGUGUGUUCAUGUGUGUGUGUGUCUGUGUGUAUGUGUGUGUGUUCAUGUGUGUGUGUGUGUUCAUCUGUGUGUGUGUGUUCAUGUGUGUGUUUGUGUUCAUGUGUGUGAGUGUGUGUUCAUGUGUGUGUGUGUGUUCAUAUGUAUGUGUGUGUGUGUGUGUGUGUGUUUCAUGUGUGUGUGUGUGUUCAUGUGUGUGUUUGUGUUCAUGUGUGUGUGUGUGUGUGUUCAUGUGUGUGUGUGUGUGUUCAUGUGUGUGUUUGUGUUCAUAUGUGUGUGUGUGUGUGUUCAUGUGUGUGUGUGUGUUCAUGUGUGUGUGUUCAUGUGUGUGUGUGUGUGUGUUCAUGUGUGUGUGUGUGUGUGUGUUCAUGUGUGUGUUCAUGUGUGUGUGUGUGUGUGUGUGUUCAUGUGUGUGUGUGUUCAUGUGUGUUCAUGUGUGUUCAUGUGUGUGUGUUCAUGUGUGUGUGUUCACAGGUCAGAUGCAUGAACUCACAGUGAUGGACAAAGAGAAAGAACACAUGAGCCGACUGAAGGACGCCGUGGAGAUGAAGGUGAAGAUUUUAUUGAUUAUCUGAAAAUAAGAAUAAUAAGAAUAACUGAUCAAUGACUGAUCAAUGACUGAUCACCUGACAGACCAAUGACUGAUAACAUGACUGGAUGUAUUGAUCACUGUACUGAUGGAUGUAUUGAUGGUUGUAUUGAUCACUGUACUGAUGGAUGUAUUGAUUGUUGUAUUGAUCACUGUAUUGAUCGUUGUAUUGAUCACUGUAUUGAUGGUUGUAUUGAUCACUGUAUUGAUCGUUGUAUUGAUCACUGUAUUGAUGGAUGUAUUGAUCGUUGUAUUGAUCGUUGUAUUGAUCGUUGUAUUGAUCACUGUAUUGAUUGUUGUAUUGAUGGUUCCUCAGAGGACCCUGGAGGAGCAGAUGGAGAACCACAGAGAGGUUCAUCACAAACAGCUGAGUCGACUCCGAGACGAGAUCGAGCAGAAGCAGAGAGACCUGGACCACCUGAGAGAGUCAGCUAUUGAUUAUUGACUGAUUGAGAGUAUUGAUCGUUAGCUGUAACAAUUAAUCACUGACUCAUUGAUCAGUUAUCAUGAUAUCUGGGCAGCAGCUGAUCAGCAUGGUUAAUCAUUGAUUAUUGAUCAGAGCUGAUGGAGUGUGAUCAACUUUGUUGUCAUGAUCACCAGACGACUUCAUUUGUCCAAUAUUGAUGAAUGAGUGAAUGAAUGAGUGAAUGAAUGGAUGAACGGUCGACUGAUCAGCUGUUGUGUGUUUAGUGUGAAUCGGGCUCAGCAGCUGGAGAUCAGGAAGCUCCAGUCGGACUUCGACAAACUCAGAUCUGAAGAUCAGAACAAAGAGCAGAGACUCCAGAAACUCACGUGAGUUUGUCCCUCAGUGCUCGCCGUACACGCAACCGACACGUCUCACACCGCCGUCGGGCUGUGUGUCUGUAGAUCUAUAUCCUGUAUAUCUAUAGAUAUGUCUUUGUGUGAUCAGGUUCCUGAAUGAGAAGCGAGAACAAGCUAAAGAGGACCUGAAGGGUCUGGAGGAGACCGUGGUACGUGGACCAUCAUCUUGAUCUUGACGUCGUGACCUUCUUCAGACCUGCUGAGUUUGUGUUUUUGUCCAACAGGCCAAAGAGCUUCAGACGCUCCACGACCUCCGCAAGGUCUUCAUCCAGGACAUCGCCACCAGAGUCAAGAGCGUAAGAGAGCAAGCGCUGAGUUUGUCUCAGCCAAUCAGAAUUCAGCUCACAAACACACACAUACACACACACACACACACACACACACACACACACACACACACACACACACACACACACACACACACACUGACCUGUAGGAAAAAUGGACGUGAGGUUUUAAAGGAACCUUCUCCACCAUCAUCAGAACUGUUUCACUUCACCUCCAGGACCUCCAGGGGGACUCACCUGGACUCACCUGGACUCACCUGUCCCUGGUGUGUUUUCUUUUCCAGAGUUCGGAGAACGACUGUGACGAGGCCGGAGGAAGUCUGGCUCAGAGGCAGCGAAUCAUCUUCCUGGAGAAUAACCUCGAGCAGCUCAGCAAGGUCCACAAACAGGUGAGAACGCCUGAGACCAUCCCGUGUGACCGCGGCGCCGACAGCUGUGUGACUUUAAAUCCAAUCAGUACAAAGAAAGAGAGAGGCUGAGGGGGCGUGGCCUAAAUAAAACGGCCUGAUUAAUGACCUUGAUUAACCCGACAUCCGACUUCUGAGGAAACUAAAACUCAGCGUAACUCUAACUUUUAUUGAAGUUUUGACCUUUGACCUGUCAGAAAAUGACCUUCUGUGUUUGACAGCUCGUGCGGGAUAACGCCGAUCUCCGCUGCGAGUUGCCCAAACUGGAGAAACGUCUGCGAGCGACGGCGGAGCGGGUCAAAGCCCUCGAGACGGCCCUGAGAGCCGCCAAAGAGUCCGCCGUGAGGGACCGCAAACGCUACCAACAGGAAGUGGACCGCAUCAAGGAGGCGGUCCGGUCCAAGAACGUUUGCCGCAGAGGACACUCGGCGCAGAUAGGUGAGUGCUCACACCUGCAGGGGGCGCUGCAGGAAAAGAUCCUGAUCCAGAAACCAGACCCAGUCAAGUCUGAGCGCGCUCAGAGCGAUGUAAUGAGCCGCCAUGGCGACAGGUGAGACAGCAGAGGUCCAGUCAGCUGACGUCACUUUGACCUUUGCCCUGUUUAACGCACCGUGAUACGCGCACUGAUGACAUCAGUCUCUCUGUGUGCUUCAGCUGAUCACAUGACCUUAUUCUCUCCAGCUAAGCCAAUCAGAGCUGGACAUCAGCACCAUCAGCACCAGGUCCUCUCUGCAUCCAUCAGGACCCCCGUCAGGGGAGGCGGGGCCACGUCCAGUCCACGCCACUACUCCUCCCGGCAGCAACUGCAGCAACAACCUCACCAGAGCCACGCCAAGUAGGAGGACGGUGAGUCACCGCCGCCAAAGAGCGACCCGGUUUGAUUCGGAUCAGUCCGGUCCGAUCAAUAACUGAUCAAUGCUCAGGAAACCCUGAUCCUGCUCGCCUCUCGUUUGCUCACAGCAGACUGAGUUCAGCCUCAGGGUCACCUGACUUUAGUUCGCAUGUUAACAGAUCGGUGAUUAGUGCGACCACAGAUUUAACCAGGUAACCACGGCAACUGUAAACAGAGUUUAUGAGCUCGUUGGUCAUGGUGGUAAGAUUGUAAAGUGUCACAGCGACGGACACCAACCAUGUGAAACUUUAAUAACUAUCUUUGUAACAACAGAAAUCGUGAUUUUACGAUGUUCGUAAAUGUUUAACGUGAAUCAACUCCUCCUCCUUCUUCUCUUUGUUUUUGUCACUUCCUGUCUGCGCAGGUCGAAGACGGCGCCGCUUCAGUUUUCCCCUCUGGAUGUUUGACUUUCACCGCUCUGCCUUUACCCGAACCAGACUCCUCAUUUACUGAUCUACUAAUACAACAUUCCACCUUAACAACCAUCUCUACUAUCAGCCAUCCAGCCUUAAAAACCAUUCCACCUUAAAGGCCCUUUAACCAUAAUAUCCAGUCCACCUUAAAAAAAGCAACAUUUAUAAGGACUCCACCCUUUUCACCUCCUCAAAUACUUUAGUGACCAUUCCACCUUAACAACUGUUCAACUUUAGUGACCAUUCCACCUUAACAACUGUUCAACUUUAGUGACCAUUCCACCUUAACAGCUGUUCAUCUUUUACAACCAUACCACCUUAACAACUGUUCAACUUUCGUGACCAUUCCACCUUAACAACUGUUAAACUUUCGUGACCAUUCCACCUUAACAACUGUUCAACUUUAACAACCAUUCCACCUUAAAAACUGUUCAACUUAAACAACCAUUCCACCUUAACAACUGUACACCUUUACGACCAUUCCACCUUAACAACUGUUCAACUUUAGUGACCAUUCCACCUUAACAACUGUUCAACUUUACGACCAUUCCACCUUAACAACUGUUCAACUUUAACAACCAUUCCACCUUAACAACUGUUCAACUUUAGUGACCAUUCCACCUUAACAACUGUUCAUCUUUUACAACCAUACCACCUUAACAACUGUUCAACUUUCGUGACCAUUCCACCUUAACAACUGUUAAACUUUCGUGACCAUUCCACCUUAACAACUGUUCAACUUUAACAACCAUUCCACCUUAACAACUGUUCAACUUUAGUGACCAUUCCACCUUAACAACUGUUCAACUUGACGACCAUUCCACCUUAACAACUGUUCAACUUUACGACCAUUCCACCUUAACAACUGUUCAACUUUAACAACCAUUCCACCUUAACAACUGUUCAACUUUACGACCAUUCCACCUUAACAACUGUUCAACUUUAGUGACCAUACCACCUUAACAACUGUUCUACCUUUAAGUCAUUCAACCACUGAGGCCAUUCCACUUUAACAGCAUUUUAACCUGACCAACCAUUCCACCUUAACAAUCAUACCACCUUAAAAACCUUAAGAGUGAGCAGUGCUGUCAGUCUUGUGGAUGUGACUCAGUGUUGUGUUCAUGAGACUCUGGUUCUGACCCGACAGAACCCGGAUCAGUCUGGGGUGUUUACAGUCGUGUUAUAUUCAGGGGCCGAAAUCCGACUCCGAAACCGAAGUUUUGAUGAAUUCGGUGUUUGACGUUAAAUUCUUUAUGACAGGAAGUGAUGUCGUGUUUUUGUUCCGUGUUUCAUUCAGUGUUUAAAGAAUUAUCCACAAAGUUUAAAAUCAUCAGGAAAAGAUUUUUUUUUGUAUGAACAGAUUUUUUUUCUCGUUUCAGUGAAUUUUCAUUAUUUUUAUUUUUCACUGAUGAAACUUUGAAGUUUUAUUGAGGACCAAGUUUACUUGAAUGUUUGGAUGUAGUUUUAGUUUUUUCUCCUCUAAGGACCAAAUCCGUCCUCUGAUCACAUUUAUACUCAGUAACUUUAUUUAAAAAAUGUCUUUGAAACAAACAGAAACAGGAUCAAACCUGAAACUCAGUCAUGAAAGCACAGAAACAGAUCUGUUCUCCUGCCGUUUUAAAAAGAUGUUUUUUUUAUAAUUCUUAUGAACUUUGUUGAAUUUUUGCUGAUUGUUUUUAAUUUAAAGUUAUUUAUUUUUUAGAUAUAUUGAAGAGCUGUUUUUGUUUUGGAGGAUCGCUCAGAGUAUUUAUCAGUGUCUUAUUUUUACUGUGUACAUGUGUUGAACUGUUGUGUCUCUGUUUUCCUGGAUUCCCCUGAACGCCUCAUGAACAGCACAGUGUUUAUGUGGGUGUGUAUUCAGACAGAAGUGGGUUUCGUUGUGUUUGUUAAUGUGUGAUUCAAAAUAAAAGAUACUACAGUUAUCCGUG